AUGUGUUCAGAGCGCGCAGCAGCGGAGGAGGAAGAGGAUCAGCGCCACAAAACCUCAAACAAACUCACAGCAGAAGCGGCCCCGGUGCACGGUGACGGCAGUAGCGGCUUUACUCAGUUCCGGAACCACGAGCGGAGAGCGACUUUCCACAGCGCGCAAACUUCUGCCGGAGAGAAGUCCACCGCGGCGGGCAGCGAUGGAGAGGAGGCCCCCAUGAGGGGCUUCGCGCGUCAGGGGGCCCUGCGUCAGAAGAACGUGCACGAGGUCAAGGACCACAAGUUCAUCGCGCGCUUCUUCAAGCAACCCACGUUCUGCAGCCACUGCACGGACUUCAUCUGGGGGUUCGGCAAGCAGGGAUUCCAGUGUCAAGUUGGAUUAUUUGAACAGUGCACGGUCACAGUCCCAUGCGUGCAUUACAGAGAAGCAGAAGUGGCUGAUGUUUUUACUGCUGUGAUGACCGAGGGUGGAGGAGAGGUGCUGCUGCUGCUAAAACAAGGCGAGUAA